AUGAAGACCUUCUACAAUGUCUAUGCGAUCUGCGGUUUCGCCGCCAUUGGCGGUGGUCUGUUCGGUUUCGACAUCUCUUCCAUGUCCGGUGUCCUAGGUACCGAAGCCUACAGGAACUACUUCAACUCUCCUAGUGGUACGCGCCAAGGUGGCAUCACUGCCUCUAUGCCUGCGGGGUCCCUCAUCGGUGCCCUGUGCUCUAGUUUUCUUGCCGAUCGCCUCUCUCGUCGAACUGCUAUCCAAAUUGCGGCUCUCAUUUGGAUCAUUGGCGCCAUCUUCCAAUCUGCGAGCAACGGUAUCCCACUCCUCUGCAUCGGCCGUGUCGUUGGUGGCUUCGCCAUCGGUGUCUGCUCAGCUAUCGUUCCCGUCUACCAAUCAGAGAUUGCUCCAAAGGAAAUUCGUGGUCGCGUUGUUUCCCUGCAACAGUGGGCCAUCACCUGGGGUAUUCUUAUCCAGUACUUCAUCCAGUACGGCAGUUCAUUCGUCGAUGGUGGUGCCAAGAACCCAUCCCAGGGCACUGCUGCUUUCCGAAUCCCUUGGGGUAUCCAAGCUGUACCCGGUGCCAUUCUCCUAGUCGGUCUCUUCUUCUUCCCUCGCUCUCCGCGUUGGUUGGCUUCAAAGGACCGCUGGGAGGAGGCUCUGCAGGUCCUCGCCCAUCUUCAUGGCGGCGGUGACAUGAACCACCCGAAGGUGCUUGCCGAAUACAAGGAGAUUGAGGACGCUCUUCGGUUCGAGCGUGAGGUGGCUGAGACUAGUUUCACUGCUCUAAUCAAGCCUCGUAUUGUCAAGCGUGUAAUCCUGGGAAUGUCUAUACAGGCUUGGAGCCAGUUGUGCGGCAUGAAUGUUAUGAUGUAUUACAUUAUAUUUAUCAUGCGUGGAGCUGGUAUCGCCGAUGAGCUGCUCACAGCGUCUAUACAAUACAUUAUUAACGUUGUUAUGACCCUACCAGCCAUCCUAUACCUCGACAAGUUUGGUCGUCGCCCGGCUCUCCUGAUCGGUUCGUUCCUCAUGAUGACCUGGCUCUUCACCACCGGUGCUCUGCAGGCUACCUACGGCCACUCCAAUCCGAACAAGGCCGACAAAGACAUCUCCUGGGUUGUUCCCAAGGAGCAUAGCGCCGUCUCCAAGGCCAUUGUCGCAUGCUCAUACCUCUUCGUUGCCUCCUUUGCGACGACCUGGGGUCCCACUUCAUGGACCUACCCGUCUGAGAUCUUCCCGGCCAAGGUCCGCGCGAAGGCUGUGUCGCUCGCAACGGCAUCCAACUGGGCAUGGAAUUGCAUUCUCGCCUUUGCGGUUCCCCCACUUCUCUGGAGCAUCAACUGGAAGAUGUACAUGAUCUUCGGUACCUUCAACGGUCUCGCUCUCGUCCAUAUGUUUUUCGCGGCCCCCGAGACCAAGGGCAAGACGCUCGAAGAGAUGGACGACGUCUUCGACUCAGGCCUCCCUGCUUGGAAGGCUGGCAAGGCUGGCUCGCGUCUCGACCAGAUCACGCGCGACAUCGAGAAGGGUGAGGUCAAGGUCGAGACCAAGUCUCACGGCCACGUUGAGCAGGUCCCUGUUGUCGAGCCCAAGGCUUAG